AUGAAAUUCACAUCCUCCAAAAACAAGAUUCAGUGUUCUCCACAACCCCAGGGAGAUGGAGCUUCAAGUUUGCUGGAGCGAUUCCAUGGUGAGAGAAGAUACAUGACAAAUUACGUCCCUGUUGAUGCUUUCAAAGAGGAAUUCGAGGAGGUUAAAAUUUCCUGCGGGAAGGGGUUGAGGAAAGACGCCAAGAGGCUCAUUGGACGAAGAUUUGAUGAUCCUUCGGUUCAGAGUGACAUGAAGCAUUGGCCCUUCGAUGUCGUCAGCGAUGGUGGGAAGCCCAAGAUUCAGGUUGAAUACAAAGGGGAGAGGAAAACUUUUUCUCCGGAGGAGAUAAGUUCCAUGGUGCUGACCAAUAUGAAGGAAACCGCCAAGGAAUAUCUGGGGAAAGAUGUCACAGAUGCUGUCGUGACAGUGCCUGCUUAUUUCAAUGACUCGCAGCGCCAAGCUACGAAGGACGCAGGGAUGAUUGCAAGCUUGAAUGUCCUCCGUAUCAUCAACGAACCUACUGCAGCUGCCAUUGCAUAUGGUCUGGACAAGAAAGUUGGAGGAGAGCGAAAUGUUCUCAUCUUUGAUCUUGGAGGUGGCACAUUUGAUGUCUCUAUCCUGACCAUUGAGGAUUGGCUCUUUGAGGUGAAAUCUACAGCUGGUGAUACUCGUUUGGGAGGUGAAGACUUUGAUAACCGAAUGGUCAAUCACUUUGUCCAGGAGUUCAAGCGGAAGUUCAAGAAAGACAUAAGGGACAACAAGCGAGCAUUGCGUCAUCUGCGCACUGCUUGUGAGCGUGCAAAGCGCACUUUGUCUUUAUCCACUCAGGCUUCAAUUGAAAUUGAUUCCUUGUACGAGGGCACUGAUUUCUACACUUCUGUCACCCGAGCCCGUUUCGAGGAACUCAAUGCUGAUCUCUUCCGCUCCACCUUGGACCCAGUAGAAAAGGCCGCCAUCUUGCACGGAGACAAGAGUGAAGCAGUGCAGGACCUGCUGUUGCUUGAUGUGGCUCCUUUGUCCCUUGGAAUUGAGACAGCUGGAGGUGUGAUGACCCCUCUCAUCAAGCGCAACACCACCAUUCCUACUAAGCAGACGCAGACCUUCACGACUUAUUCUGAUAACCAGCCUGGAGUGCUCAUUCAAGUAUAUGAGGGAGAGAGAGCCAUGACCAAAGACAACAACCUUUUGGGGAAAUUUGAGCUGUCAGGUAUCCCACCUGCUCCAAGAGGAGUCCCUCAGAUUGAAGUGACCUUUGACAUCGACGCCAAUGGGAUCCUGAAUGUGCAUGCUGCAGACAAGUCUACUGGCCGUGAGAACAAGAUUACCAUCACCAAUGACAAAGGGCGUUUGAGCAAAGAGGAGAUUGAGAGGAUGGUUCAGGAAGCAGAGAAAUUUAAAGACGAGGAUGAUGCACAGAAGGAACGAGUGACAGCUAAGAACUCGCUCGAGUCCUACGUUUUCAACAUGAAGGGUACCAUGGAGGAUGACAAGUUCAAGGAUAAAAUCCCUGAAGAGGACAAGAAGACCAUUUUGGACAAAUGCAAUAAAACAGAAAAAUGGCUAGAUGCAAAUCAGGGUGCGGCAGGUGCUGCUGGUGGCAUGCCCCAUGCCUCCUGGUGGAUUCCAGUGUAG